AUGCUAGGACAACCAACGAGUGACAACGAGGAUGACUUGACUAGGUACACCACAGAGUUAGGUAUUAUUGUUCGGCAAUUCGCUCCUCUACAGGCCAAAAGCUGGAAGGUGGUGCCCCAAGAUGCAAAGGAAAUGUGUAUUGCACACAUUCGUGAAAAAUUUGAUCUUCCUGAAGCAACUUAUGUAGACAAAGCUAUACUGCAAAGUAUGGGUAAGCGAUAUUGUGAUAGCCGAUCCCGCCUCAAGAAGAAGUUCAACAAAGGAGCUGUCGAUUGCCCUGCACACAUAGAGGGGGCAGAUUGGGGAUAUUUGUCUAACUUAUGGCAAGACAAAGUCUAUCAGGAAAAAUGUGACAAGUACAAGGAUAGUCGAUAUAAGCCUAGGAAUCACCAUGUUGCUGGAUCAAAGGCUUUCUACAAGGUCAAAAAUCAUUUGAGAGAGAAAAACAAUGGCGUGAAUCCUGACCUUCCUGAGACUUGGAAGAAGACUCAUUACAACGAAAAGAGAAAAUGUUGGACAGAUGGUUCAGAAACUGUAUAUAAAAAAUUAAAAGAUGUUCAAGAUCAAGCGAUGGCAAAUGGAUCUAUUCCUUUGACAGAUGAGGAGCUCUCAUGUACAGUUUUUGGACCUAAACCAGGAUACAUACGUGGUUUAGGACAUGGUCCCAAGCCUAGCUUAACAAAAUCUGGCCAAACUUCUCGGGCACAACUUAUAAGAGAUGCUGAAGAGGCUAGAGAAGAAACUACAGCAGCGCAGAAGAAGUGUGAGGAGGCUCUAGUUAAAGCAACACAAGCUCGUAAAAAUACAGAUCAACUAGCAGAAACCAUAGCUAAUAUGCAAUCCCAAUUAAAUUUCUUGUUACAGCAAAAUGAUCGCAACAUGCCUUCCAAUGAUGCUAAUUGCUCAAUAAACGAUGGUGAUCGUUUGGUGGAUGAAGAUGCAAUGGAUUACUAGAUGGGAAACCAAUGAUAUCUUUUGGUCGAUGAAGAUGCAAUGGAGUACUAGAUGGGAAACCAAUGAUGUUAUCUUUUGGUGGAUGAAGAUGCAAUGAAGUGUCAGAUGGGAAACCAAUGAUGUUUGGAGGACAAAGUCGCUUCUUGCCUUUUGUUUUUUGGGACAUCUAGAUGGAAGAAGGAUAUUGGAAGGAUGCAAUUAGUUUUUGGUACUUAACAGUACAUAAUAUAGUACUUCAUUGUGGUUUUUGUAAAGAUACUCGAUACAUGAUAUUAUCUUUUGGGAAUUGAGGUACCAAGUUAUGAGAUUUGUGAAAUUGUUUUAAUGUUCAUGCUAUUAACUUUGA